AAAUAAAGAGAGCGGCAGUCUGUUUGAGGUGACGCAAGAUCCGGAGAAAACGAGUGCAGUAGUUGAGGCGCCACGUCGGCAGAACCAACAAGAUACAUCCUAUACUUUCUUAAGGAAAAGUUUUGAAACUGCGAAAGUACGAUUUUACGUGCGUUGAAAUACAGGGCAGCACGCUAUUAAAGUAUAGCUUUGAAUAGAGGAGUUUGGACAAAAGUAAAAAGGCACAGCCUGGAAAUUGCGAUAAGAUUUUCAGGAAAACAAACGAGCGCACCAAUUAUUCGUCUCAGGUGCGUUUUUUAAAAAGACGUAGCAUUCUCUUCUACAAGCGGCCAUCAGAAAAUAUUGGAAACAUGGUGAAGGUAAGGAUUUGUCUGGCCUUUUGUAUCGAUUUAAUUUUCACAAUGCAUUUAUGUGCUUACGAUAAGUAAAGUGAUAGGCUACUGCAUAUCAAUUGGGGUAUGAUAAAACAAUUGCGCACGAACGAAAUAACGCAUGGAAUUGAUUAGAUCCAGACUGAGUGAUGCACAGUGCGUCCUUUCAAGCAAACAGUAGGUUAAUGAAAAAAAUAUUAAACUAAAUCUAUAGCCCAAAUUAUUGACGAUGUAUUACAUUUCGCUUUCGUUCUCAUUUCGUAAGUGUUAUUCUCCCUGCGCAGCCUACGUAACCAGAUAAUUAGAGCUUUCACAACGGGAUGACUUUCUAAGACUCAUUUAAAAGCCUGUAGCCUUAGCUUUGUCAUCUUUUUGAAAUUUUUCGUUGAUUAACAAAAGGGAAUUUAAGUAAACACGAAGCAAACAAUGGUUGUCGUAUGGUUUUACAACGAGCAAUAACUUUGAACAUCAACAAGAACUGGUUUUGAACGUUGGUUGUGCUUGACGGGCACCGUCAAAUUGAACGUGUUGUGCAAGAAAUCCCAAAUCAUAGCCUUACUAAUAAUAUGCUGUUAUUUAACCUACUUAUGCCUGGAACACUUUUUUCAUGGCUGCUCAGAAUUUGCACCGGUCGUUCUAUUCAGAAAUACAUUUCUAAAUUAGUUUGAUUAUACUGUUUUGACUUUGCCAACAGGCUUAUAGUGUUAGUGGUAGUUUAACAGCUUGUAAGAUAUGCUACUUGAAUGAACUUGCUUAUUAAAUCAUAUAUUCAUUCUAGCCUAAUCUAUAUUGUUUUUGUUCUGUUAGAACGUGAACGCCACCCCAGAGCCCCAGCCUGAAGGUUGUCUCGUGGGAGAAGAACCUGAGUCUACUGAAAGCGAGCCCACAGCAGGUAAAUAACGCAUCAUCAACAGUGCCCACUGCAUUGCUCAAUAUCUCUCUGCGCUGUAGCCAUCUCUCUUGGUGGGCAUAUUUAAAGCGCCAGUUUGUCAAGGUACUCUUGAACCAUCUGGGAUAAGGUGCAAUUCAGGGUAAAGGAUUGUGUUGCUAUUUUAAGAAACUGUAGAGAUGUAUUAAGGGAAGAUGUUUGUUUGUGAUAGGGUAAGGGUUGUACUUAGCUCUCAAGGCGGCAUUCUGCCUUCUCCCUACAGUUUUCAGUCAUUAGCUUCGCCCACGAAGACCUCCUGUGUACUACAAUUCCGAAGCUGUUUUUUAACAUUUUAGAAACGUCAAUCAUCGCUUGCAAUAAGGUUUUCGAAACCAUAUGGCCCUUAUCUUUCAUCAGCGAGAGAGAAUCCUUCAAAUAAAAAAUAUACACCAAUUUGUAAGUCGCUCUGGAUAAGCGCGUCUGCUAAAUUACUUAAAUGUAAAUGUACUGUAGCAGUUUUUCACAUUAAUCUGACAAAACUACACUUCCGGAGUUACACGUACACACACAGAUGUUCGGAGCAUGCUAGAUAGCUCAGGUGGUCGCCUCUUGUCUUCCGUAAACAAGAUAUGACCAUGUGGGGAACACUAACCCUAUCAGGGUGUGUAUCAAUUUAACCUUUUAGCUUUUAGAAAAGUAUUUCUUGCUGAUAUGAAAGAUAAGGUCCUUGUGCUUUUGAAACCGUACCGCAAGCAAAGCGUAUUAAUGUUCAGACUGAGCGUCGGGGCUCUUAACAAAACUUAUUCGUACAGAAGACUCCUUCGUCCAAUGACUCUUAUGUGUAAUGGAACUGCGAGUCAUGAUCAAAGGCUAGGGUUGUACUUUGUCAGUCUUGUGGAGAGAGUUUCUCAGUCGCUUGGUUUCAGUCCAAUUGGCCACAGAUUUUCAUGCGAAUAUUCUAAAAUAUGCAUAAUGUGCAUAUUUUCAUUAUGCAUAUUUUACAAUAUUUGCAUUUUCUCACCAGUGGUGUUUCCACCAAACUGACUUAUUGCAGAUAAAAACUGUGGAUGGAAAUGUGGUUACUAAGUAGAAUACCUCAAGGUAUUGACAUGCAUUACUAUUGUUUAAUCAUAUGAUUCAUUGUGUGUAGGUGUAGGUCUAUAUCCAAGCUGGUCUCUCUCACACUGCUGGUGGUCUGUCACACAAACAUGACGCGUGUUCCUCACUCUGGUCUUUCGCUAUCUAGUCUUUUGCUAUCUGUUAUGUCUCUAUCUGGUAUGUAUGUAUCUUUCUGUACUGAGGUGUUUUGCAUGUGUUCUUUCUAAAGGUGAAGGGAAGGAGCACCCUGUGACCCAGCCGGGCAUGAUCUGGCGGGUCGGGGGUGGCCUGUUCAGCGCCAGUAAAACUUUGGUGGGAGCCACAGUAGGAGGAGUCGCCUGGCUCGGCGGGAAGAGUCUGGAGUACACAAAAUCAGCAGUUACCUCCGUCCCCUCAAUGAGCGUCAGCCUGGUGAAAGGGGUCGCCGGGGGCGUGUCAUCGGUUGCCGGGGGUGUGUCAUCAGUGGGUUCCACGGUAGCCGGCAAAGUUCCGUUCAAAUCCAAGACAAAGGACAAGGCAGAGUGAGGAGGAGAUGAUGAUGGACACACAACAUGAUGUAUCGCCCCUCCCCCCCUGACUGAGCCAGAAGAGGAAGUGAUGAGAGUUGAGACUAAGCUAGUCGCCAUGUCUUCAAAGUUCAAAGUGGAUAUUUUUCGUUCGUUUUUUAUUUGUUUGUUUGUAUAUCACAUUCACUAAGUUGUACCUGGGAAACUUGUUCAGUAGUGCCUUCAGUAGCCUCCCCCUUCUUUCCCGGUUUUGUUUUUGGUCCGUU